AUGUCGCCGCUGUCACCCGCACGGCGGCUGUCGGUCCUCUCUCUCCUUCUCCUCCUACUCAUCCUAACCGCGGCGUCAUCUGCGGCGGCGGCGGAGGAGGAGUUCACGGAGGAGCUGCUCCUGCGGCCGCUCCCCGACCGCAAGGCGCUGGCCCACUUCCACUUCCGCUCCUCCAAGCCUCCCACCGCCGCCUCCGGCCGCCACCACCACCUCUUUCCGAAGGCCAUCUCCCAGCUGGUACAAAAAUUGCAUAUUAGUGAAUUGGAACUAUCUUUCACACAGGGAAGAUGGAACUAUGAGACAUGGGGUGGAUUUGAUCCACUGUCAACAGAUAAUGCAAAACCUCCUGGUGUUGAGCUAUGGGCAACUUUCGACCUCCCUUUUGCCGAUAUUGAUGCCACAUGGAAGAACCUGACGCACACAUUGUCAGGCAUGUUUUGUGCAUCAAUCAAUUUCCUGGAGUCUUCCACUGCCUUCUCUGCUCCUCGCUGGGGAUUUAAAUUGAAUGAAGGCAAACUCCGAUAUGGCGCAUUGCCUCGUGAAGCUGUUUGCACUGAGAAUCUCACGCCCUGGCUGAAACUUCUUCCAUGCCGUGACAAAGCUGGCAUCGCCUCUUUGUUGUACAGGCCUUCAAUUUAUAAAGGAUAUUACCAUUCCCAAAAGCUGAAGCUAACAUCAUCCCAAACACGUGGUAUUGUUCUUGAUCAUUCGCUCACAGUUGUGCUGCAACCAAAUAUGUCUAAGAGUACGCAACUACAUUCUACUGAUGGAAAGCUUCAGCCCAGUUGGUCCAUGGAACAUUUCUUCAACAGGAAAUUGUUGGGGAAAUGUCUUGUUUCUAAAUCCAGCAGGAUAUUUGUAGAAAUCGAGAAAGGUAUACUUGUCAAAUCUGGACCAGAAGUUUCUUGGAGUAAUAAAUUCUUUGAACUUUCCACUGCCCCAGACAGGGUGCUCAAAGAAUGGGAUCACUUGGAAGUUCAAUCAUCUUCAUUGUAUGAAUAUGAUCUUAGUAACUACAAUGAUGAUAAGCCUUUGGAUGUGGGCAUAACUUGGAAGCUUCCCCUCGUAUGGUCUUGCUUCCCUGCACCAUAUAAUGCAAGAAGAUUUCUUAUGGGUAGCGGAAACGAAAGAGGGUCUAUUGCUCUGUCAUUUUUAUCCACUGAUCUACAUAAGCAAUUGCCUGGCAGCUCAAAUGAUUGUUCGAUAAAGGCUGUAGUUCUCCAGAUGUUUCCAUGGUAUGUUAAGGUCUUCUAUCACAGCUUACAGAUUUUCAUUGAUGGGAGCAGCAAGGCUGUAACAGAAGUACUUGACAUGAUCCAUGUCACUCCUUCAGAAGACAAACUUUCGCCUGGAACUCUGGAGAUGCUGCUAAGAUUUCCUUGCAGCAUGCAAUCAGCUACCUUGAUAUUGGACUUUGACAAGGGGUUCCUACACAUAGACGAAUAUCCUCCUGACGCUAAUCAAGGAUUUGAUAUUCCAUCAGCUUUGGUUAGCUUUCCUGACUUUAAUUCUAGCCGAAGAUACCCUGAAAUUGACCCAAUGUUUGUGUCACCUUUGUUAGAAAAUUUUAAGGAAGAUAAUGUUGUGAAAUCCUACACAGAAGUGCUGCUUGUUCCCUUGACAACUCCUGAUUUCAGCAUGCUGUAUAAUGUUAUCACCUUCACUUGCACUGUCUUAGCUCUUUAUAUCGGCUCACUACUUAAUGCUUUGAGACGAAGAAUUGGCGAGGAAGAGUGCAGAUUGAGAAAAGCAGCCGUGAAGCCUGCACUCAUUCCUCUGUUGCUAGCUAGGCUAAGGGGUCACAAGGUGGACCCAUCAGAGUCAGAAUCCUCUCCUGCAUCUCCAGUAGGGUUAAAGCUACUAGUCAAGGUUGCACUUGUUGCGGCAGUAGCUGUUGUGUUUCACUAUCUGUCAAACAGUUGA